AAUCUCUCUGCCCAUCCCCCUCUGCUCACAUCACUGGCGGGAAGACGUUGCUAGGGGCGGGGUGACGGCGCUAAUUUUGUGUGGUGCUGUGCGAGGUGGCGUGGUCGGUGUUGGGGGAAGUUUGCAGAAUGAGCUCCGUUGACCCUGAAGACCUCCUGCAGUGUCCCUAUGACAGGAACCACCACAUCCGUGCCAGCAGGUUCCCCUACCACCUGGUCAAAUGCAGAAAGAAUUUCCCUGACAUAGCUCGGAAUUUAGAGUCCUGUCCUUUUAAUGCAAGACACCGUAUUCCAAAAGCGGAAAUGAAGCAUCAUAUCACCAAUUGUGUGGACAAGAAGGUCAUUGAGGAAGAGUUUGUUUGCAGUGCCCAAAGAAAGCCUUGUGACAUCCCUCAAAGUACAUGGCAGUGUCCUGCCCCUGAGGAAGACUGGGAGAAAGAUGAAGAUGAAUCUUCUGGCACAUUCAUCUAUGGCUACACCAACCUGAACAGAAACUGCAUCAAAGAAAGUUCCAUUUCAGCUUAUGAAAACAGCAACAAUAUCACUGCUGGGAUCAGAGCUCCUAAAUCUUUUCCAGAGCAGCUUUCAUCAUCAAGUACUCGUCUGGGAUCGAUUCCAUUUGUUCGUCCUUGGAGAAUUGGUACAGGUUCCAAAGUGAAGGAAUUGUCUGGUCUCCCACUGCAAUCUCCUGUUCCCUGUGUGGUUAAGUCAGUUGAGGAGAGCACCUGAAGGACAAGCAUCUAUUUUAAGACCAGAAAACUGCAAUUUCAAACACUGAUUCUAUUUUACUAUAUCUGUGUGCAACACUUAACAGAAUAAAGGAAAGUGAACUUUG